AUGCCCUCUCUACCCCUCGAUAAAAGUCAAUUUCAAAUUCCGCAAGGUGUUAUUCCAGCUGAUCCCGAAUUUUACAAACCAGUUGAUAUAGACCUUCUAAUAGGGGCAGAGUUCUUCUAUCAACUAUUACGUUCAGGUCAAGUUCAAAUUAAAGGGCAACUAGCAGUGUAUCAAGAAACUCUACUCGGUUGGAUCAUUGCUGGUCGUAUUUCAAAGCCUCGUUUUUCCAAAUCGACAUCUAAGGUCACUUGUAAUUUAAUUAAAUUUCUAGAGCUGCCUAUUCUCUGGGAAUUAGGAGCAGAUUCAAGCUCAAAUGUUAAAUCAAGCGAAGAAUUAGCCUGCGAAACACAUUUUGAGAAAAAUAUACAAAAAACCAAGGAUGCCUUUCAACGUCUUCAUUCCCUUGAGCGAAAAUUUGAGAAAGAUCCCUUUCUCAAAGAACAAUACACCGAAUGUAUUCACGGGUAUCUCAAAGAUUUACACAUGACUCAGGUUCCAGAUCAUGAACCGAUCGAUCACGUUUUCUACCUUCCACAUCAUGCAGUGGUAAUAACAUCUAGUCUCACCAGAAGGGUUCGGGUCGUAUUUGACGGGUCUGCUAAAACAUGUUCCGGCUUCGCCUUAAAUGACUCUUUAAUGAUUGGUCCAACCAUACAGGAAGAUUUGUUUUCAAUAAUUACACGCUUUCGAUGUGUUCGUUACGCUCUUACUGUUGACAUUGAGCAGAUGUAUAGCCUAAAUACAGUGACUUUUGAAACUGCUUGCGCUCCAUUUCUCGCGAUUGGGACCCUUCAUCAGUUAGCCGAGGACGAACGUGAAUCAUUUCCAAUAGCAUUCGCAGUAUUGAAACGAGAUUUCUAUGUAGAUGACCUUCUCACAGGUACACAGACUUUCGAAGAAGCUAUCAACCUUCGAAAUGAUUUAAUCAGUCUUCUCAAGAGAGGCGGUUUUAAUUUGCGGAAAUGGGGUACAAACGAUCCUGAAUUAACACAACAUUUUUCUACAGAAAAUGCGAAGACUUUCAUGUCCUUAAACUCUACUGAAAGUAUAAAGGCUUUAGGGAUCCAUUGGGAUGCGGCAAAUGAUUAUAUUUUUUAUACAGUAAAUUUUCCUAAUUCAAAAGAGCUAUUCACAAAGCGCUCCAUUUUAUUGCAAAUUUCAAAGCUUUUCGACCCAUUAGGUCUACUCAGUCCAGUCGUCGUUUUAGAAAAAAUCUUCAUCCAACUACUUUGGAAAAUUCAACUUACGUGGGACAGUCCUGUACUUGAAGACAUUCAAGAUUUUUGGAUCAAGUAUAAAGAACAAUUGCAGCUUCUCAGUAAGGUAAAGUUUAGUCGCUUCAUCUCAACUCCAGACACAGCGGAAAUCCAAUUGCAUGGAUUCUGCGAUGCCAGUGAAAAUGCAUACAGGGCCUGCCUUUACUUGAGAUCUACUGAUCGGCAGGGCAGGCAUCGCAGUGUUCUGAUUUCUUCCAAAUCUCGAGUCGCUCCUUUAAAUGCGAACUCCUUACCUAGGCUUGAAUUAUGCGCAGCCAAUCUUCUAGUGAAAUUGUACACUGUUACAUUUAAGACAUUUCCAUUUCUUUUAAAAACUUUUGUGGCAAACAGAGUUGCUGAAAUUCAGGCAGCAUCUCGCUCUCAAGAUUGGCGUCACGGCCCUCAUUGGUUAAGUCAUGAUUCCAGCACCUGGCCUCAAUUGCCCUUCCAUGAAAAGGAAAUUCCGGAAACUAAAACUCCCUCAACUUACUGUCUUAGAUUCAUUCAUAAUUUAAAAAUCAAGGACAAAACUGACAAAAGAAUUGGAAAUAUUUCCACAGAAGAAUAUAAAAUCGCCUUUCAAAAAGUAAUUAAAAUUACACAAGCAGAAGCCUUUCCAAAGGAAUUACAUUUAUUGUCUCAAAAAUCACCAGUCAAUUCAAAAAGCAGCCUUCGAAAUUUGAACCCUUUUCUCGAAUCCGGUCUUCUCAACUUCGGAGGUAGACUAACUCACGCUGAUCUACCGGAAUCUCAAAUACACCCCAUAAUCCUUCCAAAAAAUCAUCCUAUCACAAAACUAUUAAUCCGCGAAGAACGCGAAAAGCUGAUGCAUGCUGGUAUCAACGCAACGUUGUAUAGCGUACGCGAAACUGAAUGUAUUAUGGGGAAUUUGCCACAAAAUAGAGUGUCAUUCUCUCGACCAUUUGUUAAUGUAGGUGUGGAUUAUUGUGGACCCUUUUUUAUCAAAGAAAGACGUCACAGGAAUGUCACGAAGGUCAAAACUUAUGUCGCCGAUUUUGUAUGCCAGGCCACUAAGGCAGUUAAUUUAGAGUUGGCCUGCUACUUGACGACCGGAGCCUUUCUGGCUUGUUUGAAACGAUUUUUUGCUCGUCGAGGAAGAUCGCAGUCUAUAUCCUCAGAUAACGCUACUAAUUUUGUGGGCGCGAAUAAAGAAUUGCGCGAACUUUAUAAAACGAUCCAAUUUUUUGAAAAUGACAAAGAAAUACAAUCGUUUUUCGUCAAAAAUGGGAUUUCCUGGCAUUUUAUUCCACCCAGAGCUCCCCACUUUGGAGGUCUAUGGGAAGCUGUGGUAGCUUUAGAAACUCUCGACACACCUUCUGUAAGAGCAAAUUACCCCCACGCGCACUUCAACUUGACGAGGACAGAUGCUGUUACCACCAAACAAAAAGCUCAGGCUUGGGAGAAAAUUUCCCAAGAUUUCGACGUGAAGGGAAUUUCUCCGGAACUUCGUUCCGCCAACAAAUUUAAAGUUUUGUGGAACAAUCUGAAACGAAAUGCCCGGAAGCAUUUCAGCAAUUUUCAUCAAGAAACUUUUAAACCCGGUAAAGAAAAUUGUGGUGGAAGCAAUCCUUUAAAAGUAGCUCCUCUUGCAAUGCAAGUUGAAGAAAUAAUUGGCACUGAACAUCCUCGAUCAGAAGGAGUGGUCCCACUGGAAUUCAACAAUUCUGAAGACAAAGAAAAGUCCUGCGUUGCAGAUUUGCUCUACUACAAAGAUUCAAGGAGGAACUUCUUCAGACUACAACAAUACGCAGCAGCUAUUACUGCACAAAGGGAGCAGGUUCGCUUGAACAAGAUUGUGCUUGGGCGAAAAAUAAAAAAGACAAGCAACGAAAGAUAUAGAAAACGCUUUGAGGAAGUUGAAGCCCUAAUUCAAGCAGAAUUAAAGUACAUCAACGUAUUAAAAAGAGAAGCUGAGAAAAAAGCUAAACUGGAGAAGGAGAUUUAA